UAAGCUGCAAUCACUGUUGAACAAAAAUUUGUUUGUUAUUGUGAAAUCCGCCUAUUGAUUAAUAACUAUUGGCCAAAAUGCAUGGACGUGUUAAGGUACGAACUACAGAGGAGGAGCGGGAGCGCAAGAAGAAGGAGCAGGCGCUUAAAGUGCGCGCCUAUCGCGCUGCCAUGACGAAAAUUUUAAAGAAACGCAGCGCUGGGGAAUUGGAUGACGAAUUGCUCUUACUGACAGUGCAAAUUCUACUACGUAAUCCGGACAUAAGCACACUGUGGAAUAUACGACGUGAGUGUGUGCAAGUAAAGCUGGAGCAACUGAUAAAGGCUAAAGAGGCUGAGCCAGCAGCAGCAGAUGCAACUGCAACUGUAACUGUAACUGAAGAAGGCGAAGAAAAAGCAGAUGAAGGAAAGCCGACAACGCCCCAAGUGGAGCAACUACUGCAAGCUGUGUACACCACCGAACUAGAUCUCACCGAGCAGUGUCUGAUGGUUAAUCCCAAGUCCUACAAUGGCUGGCAUCAUCGCUGCUGGACUCUGGAGCAGAAUCCACAGGCGGAUUGGCAGCGCGAGCUGCAGUUGUGCAACAAGUACUUGAAGUACGACGAGCGAAACUUUCACACGUGGGAUUACAGGCGCUAUGUCAGCGCCAAGGCGGCUGUGCCUGCUGAACAAGAGCUGGAUUUUUGCACUGACAAAAUCAAGGUGAACUUCUCCAAUUACUCGAGCUGGCAUCAUCGCAGUCUGCUGCUGCCAGAGAUCUAUCCCAAUGAGCAGCGCGAUCGCCCUAUGGCUGAGCACAAGCUCAAGGAAGAACUGGAAAUGGUGCUUACUGCUGCAUUUACCGAUCCCAACGACAGCAGUGCCUGGUUCUAUCAGCGUUGGCUGCUGGGCAGCGGCGCCCAACAGCAGCAACCGGCUAGCGUAGCUGCCUUUCGCUGCUGCCAUCACCAGGCGAAAUUGGCGCUUAAUAAACCCUCUCCAGAGCUGGCAAAGCUGCAGAUUCUGCUGGUGAGUGAGCAACACACCGAGGAGCUGAUGUUUUGGGGGCCAGCGAAUCCAGAUAAAACGCUGUGGCAGUGCAAUCAGGACAUAGAAAUGAAACCCAAUGUGCAAUACGUGCUACAGAUCAGAGAGCAACGGCUGCAGCUGUCCACGCAUCCUACCGAUCAGAGUCUAUACUAUUUUGUGCCGCCAGCUGCGGUGUCUAGCUGCAGCAAGGAGUUGCUGGCAGAGCUGCAAACUCAGCUGCAGUCUUGUCUGGAUCUGCUGGAGUACGAGCCGGACAGCAAGUGGACGCUGUUGACCAGCGCAUUGCUGAUGCGUGCCAUUGAUGCAGACGCUAAUCAUGAGCGCAGCUUGACCCACUUGAGCAAGCUACAGCAGGUGGAUGCACUGCGUGAGGGCUACUACAAGGAUUUGGCCAGGCGCUGGACCAUGGAGCAUGCCUUGGCCAAUUGGCCGCAGUCGGCGGAGUUUCCCAAGCACUUUGCAAUGCCCAAAGAUGUAAAUGCGCCCACCUACAUGCAGUAUCUGAUUAUUGCUGAUGAUGUGUCAACCGCUGCUGCUGCUGCUGCUGCUAAUUAAUCCAUUUUAAGGCUUAAGUAAUUAAUUAUAUUUAAUCGUAAUACAAUUAAGAGCAAAGCUAAUUUGUAUAUAGCUAUACCCCUCCCACGCUUAUUGUUGAGUAAACCAAUUCACACUCAGCUUGUG